GACCCACAUGCCACCACAAAACCCGCCGCCGCCACCACAAGGCCCACCGCCACCUGCAACAACCACGCCACGUCUGUCGCAGUCGAUACACAGUGCCGCGCCGGUCGAGGAUCCCCGCCACAAGACUACCAACGUCACAUAUGUCAAUGCCUACAAUGCCGGGAUCCUGCACGCGGAACUUCCUCACACCCAGAUCGUUGCCAAUGUCAAGUCGGCGUCCAAGUCGCACGCUGCCCCCCCCGCUUCUUGGCCGAGGACGGCGCAGAACUUCGCCAAUGCCAGGUUCAAUGACGGGCUUGUCUACCAGCAUGAUAACGGCAGGGCGGCUCCCUGGCACUAUGCCGACGUAGACCAUGAUUUGUUUCUCUGCUUCGAGACUUUCAUGACCAUAGACAAAUGCCCCCAUGGUCGCCGUUGCCGAUAUCGACACAGCAAGCUCGAGGCUGAAGAGGUUAGGGCCAUUGCCCAGACAAAGCAAGGGGAGAUCUGGCUGGACAAGUACUGCCGUUGCUGGCCAGCGGGUGGUGUGCCAGAGUAUACGGGCUAUCCGAUUGCCCCCACUUCCACAGCGCCAGCCUAUCCGAUUGCCUCUGCCCCCUCUUUCAGCCAGGUAGCCUCCACCCCUGUACCUCCGAAGAAGAAUGCGAAUGUUCCCGCGGGCCGUGACCGCGGGAACGACCAUGGUAAAGUUGGUGGAAAUGGACGUGGACGUGGGCGAGACCGGAUGCCUCCUCCCAAGCCUCUCUGGCCAGGGCACGAACAGACAAUCCAAGAUCUUGAUGCUGCCGCAUCCAAGAAAAAUGCCGAGGCGGCUGCCAAGUUCAAUGCCGAGCACCGAGAUGAGCCAGUCAGGAUCAGGGAGAAAGACGGCAAGGGCGGGGUAAAGGAAGUGGUCCUGCGCCCAACGAAGGUGACGGCGAAGACAAAGGAGGAUGCUGAGAAGGAGAAGGAGAAGAAGAGGAAGGAGGCGGAGAGGAUGGUGAAGUUUGCGGCGAGUCUCAACGCCGACGAUAUUGAGUUUUGAUCUGGUGUGCUUGUAUCGAUGUCUUUUUCUUAUCGCUCGGCGUCUACGCCGAGCGAGUUUCACGCUCGAUGGUGGCAUGGAGCGAUUUUUACGCUCGAUGGUGGCAUGGAGCGAUUUUUACGCUCGAUGGUGGCAUGGAGCGUCUGGCGUGUUAGAUAAACAAUGACUCAACCUUCAUCCCAUUACGUCCUUCCGUAACUACUGCUUUGAGGUGCAAGCCGUGAUCUGCCGUCCUAUAGACGUCGACGUAUACACUAACGCUGGACACUACGCCUGCUUCGGGUAUGAGCAUCGUGAAGGUGCCAACUAGGUUGUUCGACAUGAUCGUAUAAGGCUUCAGAACCUUCAAAGCUCGAGAAGAUGUCGU